AAGAGUUAAGUUAACCAUAUGGCAAGGUGCAUCACAAUAGUAGUAUUCUAUGUUAUUUAUGUUCUUCUUUUCACGGUUGUUGAGGGCAGGUCCUUGUUCAUGAUCAACACCAAUAGUCCAGAUGUUGUUCCACAUAGACCAGUUUCUUCUUCCCAUGUAACAACAAUGUCACUUGAAAAGACACGGUUCAAUGAUGAUGGUGGUGCUUGCAAGGGACUAGACAGGACUGAGUGUGUGGUUAAAACAACAAUGGUUGCUCAUACGGAUUAUGUUUACACACAAGACAUUAAUAAUGGGCCUUGAUUGUGCUAUUUCUUGCUUCUGUUUUUGCUCUUCAUACUGUUUAUUGAGGAUUAUAUUGUGCUGCGAGAAGUGUAAUUCUUUAGAAUACUAGAAUUGGCAACAAUGUGAAAAAUAUGUAAUUCUAUCUAUUUUUCCGCCUGAUGUUUGCUUUACUUUUUGAUAAGGCCGACAAAUUGAUCAUAAGAGAUACUGCUACCAACCCACAACUCUUGAGUCUUGAUUAGAAAAUUGGACCCUUUAUUUUAUUUUUAUUGAUAAAUGUUAGUUGUUUGUUUGUUAAUUUUUGUUAGU